GCUGUAGUACUUCUGAAUCUGAUCCUCGCAGGCCGCCGUAGUUCCUGACCGAGGUGAGAAUGGCCGGCUGGAUGUGGCACCGGUGCCUUUUCGGGCCCAAUCUACAGCGGGUCCAUCGCUCACCGGACCAGACACGUACUGACGGCAGACCGCCCCGCAGGGGCUGGAAUUAUCAGCCCAGAGGUUUGGAGAGACACACAGACAGCAUCCUCGGUUGGGCCUCGGUGCUGUGGUCUCUGUCCUACUACAGUUCUCCACUGCUCCUCUGUUAUCUCUAUAGGAAAGGUAAAAUACAAAUACAGCAUAAUAUAACCACAAACCUAUUUGUUUAUGUGCUAAAAUUUGUUAGAUUUUUGCUAAACCUAUACAAACACUGGCCUGUAGAUUUCAGCUGGAAAGAAGUCAGUAGUCCGAAGCUGUCUAAAGGUGGCGUGUCCCUGCUGAGGCCAGAGCCAAAACACAGAGGAGCAGCAGACAGUGUGCUAAAUUCAGUUCGCACACUACCAUGCCACAUCUUGAGUUAUUUGAUAGUGCACUCGUUCGGCCGGAGGAUGCUAUACCCGGGCUCAGUGGGUCUGCUGCAGAAGGCCAUGAGACCCAUGUUACAGCAGGGCCAGGCCAGACUCGUAGAAGAGUAUGACGGUCAGCGGAACAAACUGGUAGCUUGUGAUGGGAAUGAAAUUGACACCAUGUUUGUGGACCGGAGGAAAGAUGGAGGACGAGCCGGAAAAACUCUGGUGAUCUGCUGUGAAGGAAACGCAGGAUUCUAUGAGGUCGGCUGCAUGAACACACCACUGGAAGGUGGAUAUUCAGUGUUGGGCUGGAAUCACCCAGGGUUUGGCGGCAGUACAGGAGUUCCAUUUCCUCAAAACGAGGCCAAUGCGAUGGAUGUCGUCAUUCAGUUUGCCGUGCACAAAUUGGGCUUCCAGUUGAGUGACAUUAUUGUGUACGCCUGGUCAAUAGGGGGCUUCACAGCCAGUUGGGCUGCGAUGUCUUACCCAGAGAUCCGAGCUCUGGUUCUAGAUGCCUCGUUUGAUGACCUUUUACCACUUGCGCUAAAGGUCAUGCCUGAAAGCUGGAGACCCUUGGUCACCCAUACAGUGAGGCAGUACAUGAACCUGAACAACGCUGAACAGCUCUGCAAGUACCAGGGACCAGUGUUAUUGAUCAGAAGAACCAAAGAUGAAAUCAUCACUACCACGGGUCCAGAAAACAUCAUGUCUAACAGAGGGAAUGACCUGUUGCUCAAACUACUCCAGUACAGGUAUCCUAAAGUCAUGACAGAGGACGCUCUCAGGGCAGUCAGGCAGUGGCUCGCAGCAGGGACACAGAUUGAAGAAGAAUCUGUGUACACAGGCUAUGAGGUGGAUGAUGAUUGGUGCUUGUCUGUGCUGCAGUCCUAUCAGACAGACAGAGAGCCCCUGUUCCCCUGGAGUGUUGGUGAAGACAUGACACUCGAGGGCAGAAGGCAGCUUGCUCUAUUCUUGGCACGAAAGUAUAUGCGAAACUUUGACACGACACACUGCACUCCACUCCCUAUUUCUGAGUUCAGGCCUCCCUGGAAACUAGAGCACUGAUGAGACUAACAGGAAGAGAGCGCAGGUCAAAGGGAAUCACACACCAGUACAUUUGAGUCAGUUCUGUGGGGCGGCAUUUAGAAUUAGUCGUUUGUUUAAAUGUGACGGGGUUACUCGUUUAUGUUUGUUCGGCAUGGUUUGAUAAGAGACAUUUUAAAUUAUUGGCUGUGCUCUGCCUCCAUCGCAGUGGGUAUUUAACAUGAAGAUCGGAAAGUGUUGAUGCUCAGGUUUGUCGUCACUCUCGUGGCGUUUGUUACUUUUGAGAGACUCUCAGUGACGGGACUCCAAGAUCUCUUGCCUCUUUUUCAGCGUGUAUUCAUUUUUUCCUCUAUUUUGUGGAGCACUGUAAUUAUGAACAAAUCGUAUCGUAAAAAUGUUCUGAAUGUUAUAUUACAUAUGAAUAUUAAAUAAAACCAGGGGAUACUUUUUUUUGUGGUUGAGUUCCUCUGUCUUCAAUCGUCAUUAUUUGUGGUUGACACAAAAUAAAAGUUUCUUAUUUGAAAGCUACAUUGAAAUGAUACAGUUGUUUUUUGAAAUGAUGAGCAAGCAUUGCGGAUAUGCUAUAUAUUAUGUUAACUUUAUAAACAGUUUACAUACAUGUGUAUAUAUAUAUAUAUAUAUAUAUAUGGUGAG